AUGGCGUCUUUUGCGGUCAGGAAAAAACAGAUCUUGUCUGGUCUGGAUCUCGAUGCUGGCGUUUCGGGCAACGAGGCUGCUGCUGGCAGUCUUGUCAAAGAGCAGAAGCGCAGCGACACAGGGAAUCCUUCCUCUUGUGGUUCGGAUGCGUCCGCGCUAGUAUUUCGCAACAAAAGAGGGGAGGUGGAAACCCCCCCCGCCUUCUACAAGCCUGACAAGUCACUGAAGGGGUCGGUUGAUCACGACUUGGUAGGCAUUUGCUACCUCAUCAACGAGCAUCCGCGUUACGUCACAACAAGCUCAUGCAGCGGCCGAAUCAGCAUUUUCCAGCAUGGCCCAAAGGGACCCAGUGGAAAUUCUAAGAAAGGCGGAAAGCUUAUCUACGCAAGUCAUUCGCCAAUUGAAAAGUCGCAGGCGACAGUUAUCGUAGAGCGGCUUCACCGCGGUGAACGCCAUUAUUCGACUAAGGGCAAGACUGGCCGCUCGUCGGGUGAGCAUGGUACACGUGAUGGAGGUUAUCCGUCUGAUGGUCUUCCUCAUGCACCCCCUGCGUCACAUGCGGCGCCCUCUGAGGAAGUUUGGAAGGCCGACUCCCACUCCGGACAGGCGACGGUUGACCUCAAGGUUGAGCCGUUCGUUAUGCACAUAGAAUGCGCUGAUCUAGAGGGCGCACGGCAGCUGCUAGCAGCUGCCACAACGUGUGGCCUGAAACACUCAGGCAUGAGCGCAGCUGGCCCAAAACGCUACAUUGUGGCUGUACGAGGCAGCCAGCGUCUCGAGACGCCUGUAGCAGUCUGCAGGGCAGAUACUUCCUCUGAUGCUGCGGAGACAGAGCAGGUUUCCGGAGGGCAGACUAACGCGUGCGAGUUGCUUGUUCCCUUAGAUUACCUGCAGUUUCUGAUUGGUGUGUGCAAUGACAAAUUGGCUCUGAACUUGAUGCAAAUACGCAAGUUCGAAGCAAAGCUGGAGGAAGCUUUUCGCCGCAAUGUUACAGGUGUUGACCGGAGUGUGGGUUGCACUGCUGAUUCUUCGGCCAAUGUCCAGCAUCGGCGCACUUCCAAGAAAAAGGGCUAUGGGCGGAAAAGCGACGGGGCGGCUCGACAACAUGAUAAGGGCUGUCAUGCUAAGCAGAGCUCUUUGUUGCCAUCGGACAGUACACGGCCGGCCUCCAAUGGUGUGGUGGCUGCUGAACGCCCGUUGACUGUGAGAACAUCCGACACCUCCCCCGUUCUGACCCAUUACGAGCUUGGCCACGAGAAUUUGGACGACCGACGGCGAUUAGACCUAUGGGGCUGCGCAUGCGGACUUGAAUAUCCAUUUCUGUGCGUUUUCGGAGGGUUUGCGCGGAGCAAGAGGUCGGACAGUCUUUUGGUGUACAACUUGGAGACGUCCCAGUGGCAUUCCAGGAAGCCGUCGCCUGCUCUACAAGGACCAGGAGCUCGGGUUGGGCCAUCUCUCCUACCCUUGGGACAGGGGCUCAUGCUCCUCCUGUUUGGCCGUCGGGGUCCCGAGGAUCCAUGCUCCGAUGUGUGGCUGUUGGACACGCACAGUUGGGCCUGGCUCCCGGUUCGCUCGUCUAGUCACGUGCAGGAUUCCGGCAAGCCGCCCAGUUUUUUCUCUCCGGAGGCAGAGUCAGGACACGCUGAGGCAGCUGCUCACUUCGGCGUAUUUCAGGGGCAGAUGGAACGACUCAGCCACACACCCUCGGGCCAUGAAAGUGAAUCCGUAAAGCCUGGCAACCGUUCUGAGGGUUGCCAGCCUAGAGGACGGUGGAGGCACGCGGCGUGUGUGAGACACGUUACAUGGACGAGAAGCGAGCGGGGCGCACGCGGCGAGGCAGAAAUAUGGAUAAUGGGUGGCGUCAGCGGUGCGAAACCAAUCGGUGACUCUGUCCUGGAUGACUUAUGGAAGCUCACCUUGCACGUCGAUGUGGUGAACGGGUCGCAGCGUCGGGUGGAGCCGCAGAGUCUCUGGACUCUCGUGCCCGGUCGUGGGGAUUGCCCCCCCCCAAUUCAUUCUUUUAGCAUGGUCGCCUCCUCUACGGACCUGUUUCUCCUUGGCGGCAUUCGAGGCCACGCGAGCGACGAAGGGCCUCUCGCACUUGAGACACUGUACGUCUUCAACAUCGACUCGGGUGUCUGGCGACGUCGGCGCACUGCUACAACCCCCUGCACCCCAGGCACUGACGACAAAUGCGAGCCCUUGCUGACGACAUUGCAAUGGAAGUUUGUGGGAACACUUCCAAAGUCUGAUCAGUCGUGGAGAUGUCGGCUGGGAGCCGCUUUUUCACCUCGUGGUGCAGAACUCUUCCUUAUUGGAGGCGGUGGCAUCUGCUUUACCUUUGGCUCGCACGCAGACCCGCCAGUCGCUCUGAAAAUGCCGCCAUGCUUAUGGCAAUCGGCGGAUGACCCUGCUGUGAGUACGAUUCUCGAGGGCCCUGUUCCGGUCUCCCGGAAGAGCCGUUCCACAUCAUCGGGGCGGUCGUUUCAGCCUGCAUUUGCUCCUGCCCGGUUGCAUGGGAUCUUGUUAGUAGUUCGAAGUGGGUGUGUAGAGCUGACGAAGCAAAAAAAGGCCGCCACAGCAGAAGCUGGUGAGAAUCUCACCGGUUCGCUUGUGUCAGCAACCAACUCUCAGGCGCCUGAAGAGCGAGCAGAGCCAAGCAAGACCGGCGGGCACGACAAAGCAGGCGGCCCAAAUGCAACUUUGCGUGCUACGUCGGAUUGCUGGCUCGCUGUUUCGAACGCGCGCGACGUGAAACGGAUCAAGACGGUACUUGAACAGCUUGGGAUCUACGAUAAAGAACGAACCAUAACGUCUGCGACCCAUACUGUGCUCUUGGGGAACGCGAACAGCGAUCACUUGGGUCACAAGGUCGGACCAGGAUCUCACGCGGACGGAGAAUUGAGACUGAUACCCGUCUGUCGUGAAUUCGACGUUGACGCGGUUCUCAGUAGAGGCCUUCGUUCUUUCGCUCCAGAAGCGUCUUCCAAAAAGGAAGCACACCUUGGUCCGCGGCUCGUCAAGUAUACUGUUGAAGGGAAGAAAAAGCAGCCAACUUUCGCUUUGGACCUCGCCAUCGUCGACAGCAUUAUCGCUGCUGCGCAAAAGGUGUCACCGGCUCCGGAGUUCCUCCACAAGUGCUCCGAGAUGCGAGAGUCGCUGCUGAGCAGAGCAGGCAAGACGCGCCAGUCGCCGGCUGAGAAAGGACGAACUGCAACAGAUGCGCGGGCCCUUCCUCGGAAGUACGAAAGGCUUGGAGGCGUUGUGCUCCUUCCUGCCGGCAGUCUCGAGGCGGUCAGAGCGUUCCUCGCAGAGGCAGGGAGCGAAAAUAGUGAAAAGAUCGAGCGGAUCCUGUGGGAGCUUUUGGCCGGCAAACUGAAGGCGGACACAGUUGGGCUGCAGGCCCCGAUCCUCGGCCCGAAACGCCAGAGCCAGGUCCAGAUUGUCUACGGCGGAAGCGGCCUCGUCAAUCACCAGGAGAACGGAGUAAUAUACCACUUUGACGUAACGAGGUGCAUGUUUGCGUCAGGGAACGGAACCGAACGGGGGCGGUUUGUGAAUCUCAUUCGAGCAAGUGAAUCUGCCGAGCCUGAGAUUGUCGUGGACCUUUUCUGCGGAAUCGGAUACUUUUCUCUCUCUGCUCUCGCGAGCGCUGGCGCCGACAAGCUGAAGCAUGUCUACGCGUGCGACUGGAAUCGCGUUGCUCUCCAGUUCUUUCAAGCGGCACUGGAGCUAAAUCACGUGGAUCCGGGACGCGUCACUUUCACGCUUUGUGAUAGCUUCCAGACGCCUCUGCGAAGCUACUCACACGCUAACUGUCCGACAGAAGAUCGGAAUCCUAAUGGGCUGGGAUCGCCCCCCGCCUCACUGCUGGGUAAGGCUGACCGUAUAUCGCUUGGCCUCAUUCCGUCCAGCGAGCAAGCAUGGGGAACAGCUCUAGCGUUGCUCAACAAGACUAGAGGAGGUGUACUGCAUGUGCAUGGAGUAGGUCCGCUGGAGUUUGUAGAAAGGCCGGCAGACGCGGUGCGCGUUGCUUGCCAAAACGGUCAAUGGAGCAUUACGGGUCCUCACCUGAAUGCGGGGCCUGGGGAGGUGGUAAAAUCGAGCCGCCUGAAGUCUUCUGCGGCGAAGUACAGCGUUGUGAAGGGGCAGAAGCUGUACCUUGGCAGAGAUAUCGGUGCGGACCUCACAUUCGCGCAGCAGGUUCUCCGAAGCCUGGCAGAAAUCGCGGUAGCGGAUUUCCCGAGACAGCUUGGCCACGAUCGGGACUGCGCAUGGGUACUGCGCAUAUCCCACGUAGAACGCGUCAAGUCAUACGCUCCAAAACAGUACCACUUUGUUGUUGACGUGUCGUGCAGGCCUGAUCCUGCUUAG